UUAUUAUAUAAUAAAGGUGCAGCAAUACACACAUACACAUACACACAUACAGCGAAUAGAAGAGAGAGAAGAGUAUGAAUUUGCAGUGCUAAUCUCACGCCGCGAUACCAUCAAUUUCUUCUCCGAUCUUCUGGUUUGGUUAAGGGUGUAUCACAUAUAGCAAGGGGAUACUGCUGACUAGCGUUGCGUUCCUUUCUUCGGAGUUAAUGUGUUUAUAAAUGGAGAGCUUAUCUCAACUAGAAGCCUUGUGUGAGAGGCUAUACAAUUCCCAAAACUCAGCUGAACGAGCUCAUGCCGAGAAUACUUUGAAAUGUUUUUCUUCGAACACCGACUACAUUUCACAGUGCCAGUACAUUUUAGACAAUUCAUCGACUCCUUAUGCGUUGAUGCUUGCUAGUUCCAGUUUGCUGAAGCAAGUUACAGAGCAGAGUCUCUCUUUACAGCUCCGGCUUGAUAUAAGAAACUAUGUUAUCAACUAUCUGGCCAGUAGAGGUCCUGAAUUACAAUCAUUUGUAACUGCAUCUCUGAUUCAACUGCUAUGCCGAGUGACGAAGUAUGGGUGGCUUGACGAUGAUAGAUUUAGAGAAGUUGUUAAGGAUUCCCUGAAUUUUUUGAGCCAGGCAACAUCUGAUCACUAUGCUAUCGGAUUGAGGAUAUUAAAUCAGCUUGUUUGUGAAAUGAAUCAGCCUAAUCCGGGGUUGGCUUCUACACAUCAUCGAAGAGUUGCAUGCUCCUUUAGGGACCAGUCCCUUUUCCAGAUUUUCCAAAUAUCUCUAACCUCGUUGCGCCAACUGAAAAGUGAUGCUGUCAGUCGUUUGCAAGAGUUAGCACUAUCGCUUUCACUCAAAUGCCUGUCUUUUGAUUUUGUUGGGACUACAAUUGAUGAAAGUGCCGAAGAGUUUGGUACAGUACAGAUUCCUUCUGCUUGGAAACCAGUACUAGAGGACCCUGAAACUCUGCAGAUUUUUUUUGACUACUAUGGGAUUACGAAGCCUCCUCUAUCCAAGGAGGCACUGGAGUGUUUGGUGAGAUUAGCAUCUGUGAGACGCUCCUUGUUUACAAAUGAUGCUGCACGCUCCAAAUUUUUGGCCCAUCUGAUGACUGGAACUAAGGAAGUUUUACAAACAGGGAAAGGUCUUGCAGAUCAUGAUAAUUACCAUGAAUAUUGUCGUCUUUUAGGGAGAUUCAGAGUAAAUUAUCAGCUGUCAGAGCUCGUUAAUGUGGAGGGCUAUAGUGAUUGGAUACAGUUGGUAGCAGAAUUUACACUGAAAUCCUUGCACUCUUGGCAGUGGGCCAGCAGCAGUGUCUACUACCUUUUAGGUCUUUGGUCUAGGUUGGUGACUUCUGUGCCAUAUCUGAAAGGUGAUGCCCCCAGUUUGCUUGAUGAAUUUGUUCCCAAAAUCAUUGAAGGUUUCAUCACAUCAAGAUUUGACUCUGUCCAGGCGGGAUUCCCACAUGACCCUUCUGAGAAUCCCUUGGACAAUGUUGAGCUUCUUCAAGAUCAACUUGAUUGCUUUCCUUACCUUUGCCGGUUUCAGUAUGAAAGCAGCAGCUUGUAUAUUAUCAGUGUUGUGGAGCCUAUUCUGCAUGUAUUUUCGGAAAGAGCAAAACUUCCGUUAGGAGAUCCGAAUGACUUGUCCGUGAUUGAAGCUAAGCUUACUUGGAUUGUCCACAUUAUCGCUGCUAUUCUAAAAAUCAAACAGUGUACUGGUUGUAGUACUGAGUCCCAAGAAGUAAUCGAUGCAGAACUUUCAGCUCGAGUUUUGCGCUUGAUCAGUGCCACUGAUAGUGGGUUACACAGUUUGAGAUAUGGUGAAUUAAGCAAGCAAAGACUUGAUCGUGCCAUUUUAACUUUCUUUCAGCAUUUUAGAAAGUCUUAUGUCGGUGAUCAGGCCAUGCAUUCGUCCAAGCAGUUAUAUGCCCGAUUGUCCGAGCUUCUUGGACUUCAUGAUCAUCUUUUAUUACUAAAUGUGAUCGUCGGAAAAAUUGCUACAAACCUCAAGUGCUAUACAGAGAGUGAGGAUGUAAUUGAUCACACCUUGAGUCUGUUCUUCGAAUUGGCAUCUGGAUAUAUGACUGGAAAACUGCUUCUGAAGUUGGAUACUGUCAAAUUUAUUAUUGCAAAUCAUACUAGUGAGCACUUCCCCUUCUUGGUAGAGUAUAGAUGCUCCCGCAGCAGAACAACUUUCUUCUACACUAUCGGGUGGUUAAUAUUUACAGAAGACAGUGCUGUCAAAUUCAAGUCUGCAAUGGAACCAUUUUUACGGGUAUUUGUGAGCUUGGAGUCCACUCCUGAUACAAUGCUUCGAUCUGAUGCCGUCAAAUAUGCAUUAAUUGGAGUCAUGAGAGACCUUAGAGGGAUUGCAAUGGCAACCAAUAGUAGGAGAAAUUACGCGCUUCUGUUUGACUGGUUAUAUCCCAAGCACAUGGCAGUUCUGCUGAAAGGUAUCACACAUUGGGCAGAUACACCAGAGGUUUCCACCCCAUUACUUAAAUUCAUGGCUGAAUUUGUGUUAAAUAAAGCUCAGCGUUUGACUUUCGACUCCUCUUCACCUAACGGAAUACUGCUUUUCCGAGAAGUUAGCAAACUACUGGUUGCAUAUGGAUCAAGAAUACUGUCCCUUCCUAAUGUUGCUGAUAUAUAUGCGUUUAAGUACAAAGGAAUUUGGAUUUCUUUGACUAUCCUCUCAAGAGCUCUUGCGGGAAAUUAUGUGAACUUUGGUGUAUUUGAACUAUAUGGUGACAGAGCACUUGCUGAUGCACUUGACAUUGCACUGAAGAUGACUCUUUCAGUUCCAUUGGCUGAUAUUUUAGCAUAUAGAAAGCUGACAAAAGCAUACUUUACAUUCCUGGAAGUUCUGUUCAGCAAUCAUAUUGAAUUUUUACUGAAUGUGGAGACAAACACGUUCAUGCAUAUUAUUGGUUCGCUAGAAUCUGGGCUCAAGGGUCUAGAUUCAAGUAUUUCCACACAGUGUGCAUCUGCAGUAGAUAAUUUGGCUGCUUAUUAUUUCAACAACAUCACUAUGGGAGAGGCACCCACUUUGCCUGCUGCAGUCAUGCUUGCUCGUCAUAUAGCAGAAUGUCCGAGAUUGUUGCCUGAAAUACUUAGGACACUAUUCGAGAUUGUUUUAUUUGAGGAUUGCAACAACCAAUGGAGCCUUAGCAGACCAAUGCUGAGCUUAAUACUUAUUAGUGAACAGAUAUUCACUGAUCUGAAAGCUCAAAUCCUGGGAUCACAGCCAGUGGACCAGCAUCAACGUCUUUCCUUGUGUUUUGACAAACUUAUGGCUGAUGUUACCCGCAGCUUAGACUCGAAGAACAGGGAUAAAUUUACCCAGAAUUUGACUGUUUUUAGGCAUGAGUUUCGUGUCAAAUAGUGCUAUAAAGAUCCUAGAUGCACUGUACAAUCUUAUAUUUGGUGGAGCCACAAGGCAAGGGAGGAAGGCAAGUUAUAUGAAAUAUGGGAAACAUGUAGAACCAAAGUUUUUGUAUUGUACAUAAGACUUGUUUGUUCAUAAUAGAAACAAUGGCAUUAUAGCUGUUGAAGCAUUAACCUGUCUACCUGGUUUAUAGGUGUGACAACGGGCCAUGUUAGUUUGGAUUGUCAAAAUCCAACCAUAACCAUUAUCUUUCGUUUUAGGUUUUAGGUUUUAGAUCGGAUACCAAAAAUGAAAAACAAGUCCAAGAUUAUCAGAUUUUUUUGGGUUUAAA